GGAAAAAAGGAAAGAAGUAACACCCUGAAUAUCGCAAUAGAAAACAUGUGCAAGAAGACAAGAGACCUUCGCAGACAGCUCCGUAAGGCUAUUAUAGAUCACGUGUCAGACUCCUUUUUGGAUACAACAGUCCCACUUUUGGUUCUCAUUGAAGCUGCCAAAAAUGGCCGGGAAAAAGAAAUAAAAGAAUAUGCUGCAAUAUUUCGUGAACACACCAGCAGGCUUGUAGAGGUGGCAAACCUUGCUUGUUCCAUGUCCACAAAUGAAGAUGGGAUUAAAAUUGUCAAAGUUGCAGCCAAUCACCUGGAAACCUUGUGUCCUCAGAUUAUUAAUGCUGCCCUUGCUUUGGCUGCAAGGCCCAAAAGUCAAGUGGUCAAAAAAACCAUGGAAAUGUACAAGCGCACAUGGGAGAAUCAUAUCCAUGUCCUCACUGAAGCUGUUGAUGACAUUACAAGCAUUGAUGACUUCCUUGCUGUGUCUGAGAGCCAUAUCCUAGAAGAUGUCAACAAAUGUAUCAUAGCCUUGAGAGACCAGGAUGCUGAUAAUUUAGACCGCGCUGCAGGUGCUAUCAGAGGACGGGCAGCAAGAGUUGCUCACAUUGUCACAGGGGAAAUGGACAGUUAUGAGCCAGGGGCUUACACAGAAGGUGUGAUGAGAAAUGUCAACUUCCUGACAAGUACUGCAAUUCCUGAAUUUGUCACACAAGUGAAUGUUGCCUUGGAAGCCUUAAGUAAAAACUCUUUGGAUGUGUUUGAUGAUAAUCAAUUUGUGGACAUCUCAAAGAAGAUCUAUGAUACAAUUCACGACAUCAGAUGUUCGGUCAUGAUGAUUCGGACUCCUGAAGAACUUGAGGAUGUUUCUGACCUGGAAGAAGAUCAUGAGGUCCGCAGUCACACCAGUGUUCAGACCGAAGGAAAAACUGACCGGGCUAAGAUGACUCAAUUGCCUGAGGCAGAAAAGGAAAAGAUUGCUGAGCAAGUUGCUGAUUUCAAGAAAGUAAAGAGUAAGCUGGAUGCUGAGAUUGAGAUAUGGGAUGAUACAAGCAACGAUAUCAUUGUCCUGGCCAAGAGGAUGUGUAUGAUCAUGAUGGAGAUGACGGACUUCACAAGGGGAAAAGGGCCACUAAAGCAUACAACUGAUGUGAUCUAUGCAGCUAAAAUGAUAUCGGAAUCUGGAUCAAGAAUGGACGUCCUUGCUCGGCAGAUUGCCAACCAGUGCCCAGAUCCAUCAUGCAAACAGGACUUAUUGGCGUACCUGGAACAGAUUAAGUUCUACUCUCAUCAACUGAAAAUAUGCAGUCAAGUUAAAGCUGAGAUACAGAACCUGGGGGGAGAGCUCAUCAUGUCAGCGUUGGAUAGUGUCACCUCCUUGAUCCAAGCAGCCAAAAAUUUAAUGAAUGCUGUAGUGCAAACAGUGAAAAUGUCCUACAUUGCUUCAACCAAAAUCAUCCGAAUUCAGAGUCCUGUGGGGCCCCGGCACCCAGUUGUAAUGUGGAGAAUGAAGGCUCCUGCGAAAAAACCCUUGAUUAAAAGAGAGAAGCCAGAAGAAACAUAUGCUGCUGUAAGGCGAGGCUCAGCCAAGAAAAAAAUCCACCCUGUGCAAGUCAUGAGUGAAUUUAGAGGAAGACAUGUCUACUGAAACCACUAUUCUACUCUCGUGUUUAUAUUACAAAGUCAUGGCUAAAUACCCUGCUCUAUUUUUUACACUUGAUUAUUUGCGUAGGUUCACUAACUUAGAAUUUAAGCCACCAAUAAGGUAAAAUAUUGGAAGCCUAACCCGCAUGAGCGACAUAUAUUUGGGAUCAUGUCAUGUCAUUUAUGUGUGGCCGGCACCUAAUAAGUAAUCAAUACAUGCUUGUUGAAUGAAUAAAAUCUUCAGGUCUCAUUCAGCCUUUCCCAUCACAGAGAAUAUCUUACAUUCAUUAGUAAAUGCACACAGGAGACUCAGUUGAGUCCUGUUCAUCUCUAACAGCUUAGUAUACACACCUUUUCCAUUUUGAAUUAAAACAUUGACAUGAGCUUUUGACUUGGUUUUCAAUGGAAACAAAAGACUUCAUAAAUUAUGUUCCUAUUUAAUCUCCAUAUUUCCUUUAUCUGACCUAGUCUGACAGACAUGAAUGAUUCCUGCUACAGGAAAAAAAGUCAAUUUAUGGAUAUUUAUGACUCUUGUCAGCUGAUUGAGCUAACAUCCAUCUGAAACUAACCAAGCUUGAGCAAUCAAGCUAUUUUCUGGGUUUUUGAGCUCUGCCUUAUUUACUCAUGAAGAAAUUUAUUAAUAUUAUAAAGGUUACAAUGAGUUUUGAUGCCACAAAUAUGCCUUUUAGAGUCAUUGUGUCCAGCAGUUCUGCACAUUGAGUUUUAGAUUUAAAAGCAUCCAUGAGAAUACAUAUAUCAAGGAAGAGUUAUCAUGCAUUUGGGAAAUGGACAUCUAACUAUAUCCCCAAGUGAGCUAUGAUAACAGAAGUAUAAAGAGUUCUGCAUGACUUUAAAACUCCAUUUGUAUCAUCUUGAAAGUAUAAUUAACAGGAAAAGGCCAAUUUGAAAACCCUUUUGGCAUUGAGUAAAAUAUAACUCAAAAAAUAUAGGUGAAUUAUACCAUUGAACUAUGAAGCAGAGUUAAUGGCAAUAAAGCUGGAGUGAUUUUAAUAACAUUUAAAAAAAUAAAAGUCACUGAGGUCAUUUUAUAACUAUAAUCAUCAAGCUCCUCCCUA